GAUCCCAUUCAGUAGCCCUCCGCCAAAAACGGUUACCGAUCUAAAGAUAAACAGUUCCGGUAUAAAUACGCAGUUUUGCUAAUGAACGACAUUUAUCUUUGAAGAAAAUACGCUUUUAUAAUUUCGGUUUGCUGUCACAAUUAUCCUAUAAACACUGCGGAAAAUUUACGAAGAUAAAAAAAAGGAAAACAAUUUUAUUUUUAGACGGGUGUGCUCCCGUUUGUGACUCGAGAAAAAAACAUGGCGGCGUCCUUGAGCAUCGCAGGAAGCGUGAAGCUGUUAGUAAGUAAAAUAAGAAUUUACCCUCUUUACUCGGAAAAUCCAAUGUUUUAACCUCAUAAAUACUGGUUUAUGCAUUUUUGGUCAUGUUAGUUCUGCGCCAGUCUUGUCUUUAUACCUUUAUAAUUAGAUAAUCCUCUCUGGUCAUUUUUUUAUUCUCUUUAUUUGUUUCGUUUAAUUUACUGAACAGUUAUUUACAGUUAACUCUUCGAAAGUCUUCUGUCAGUGCUUGUUAUUCUAGAGUUCACAUAGAAACGGUUUCUUUCUGUAUUAGGGCCAAAGUCAGGUAUGAAGGUACACUAGCAACUAAAAAACUUGUAAUAAAGAAAAACAUUCAUUGGUAGUUUUGGCGCUGUGGGUAGGUGCUCCGACCUGCUGGAAAAGUAAAUCUGUGUUUUUGUGAAGCUUGCCAUCAGAUAGAAGCAGGAAGGUCUCUAAAACACCCCCCGUAGACCUGAGGCUGUGUUGAGUCUGGACUUGAUCGAACACAGUAGACCAACAUCAGCAGAGGACAUGACACCCCAAACUGCAAAGACCAAACUCUGGAGUUAAAGGGAUAUUCCAGCGUAAAAUUGAGUUAGGGUCAAACACGUCGCCUCGGAAUUAAGGUUGCCGACCGCUUGCUUCUCUAGUUAUACCAACUUUAGUAACAACUACAGUGGUCUGAGGAGCCAUAAUCAACAAUGCAAUCAGACCGAGACGCUGAGGAAGAAGAACUACCGUGUCUGCAGUGCAAAAUGAUUAAUAUGAUGAUUAUAACUUCAAGAAAAUGAUAAAGAAAUGAUCAUUAAUGUUAUUCCUUGAGCUGCGUCACCCCACUGCAGUCCGUAAUGGACUGGCCUGAGGUCUCGCUACAAACAAGUGGCUGCUGCAAGAGAGUGGGUGAGUUGUGUUUAGUCUCUUAGCUUAAGAAAUUAGGCAAAGUUAGAAAGAUGUAUGGUGGCUAGUACUCUGGCUGGGACCCUAUAUGAACUGUGGAUGAAGUUAGGUGCUGUUCUGAGCAUAAUUUGUGGCUAUAGAGUGGCGUUUUGGUUGAGGUUUGUUUAUGGCUCCUCAGACCGCUGUGUAUUACUAUCCUGCGGUCGUUACUAAAGUUGGUAUAACUAGAGAAGCAAGCGGUCAGCAGCAUUCAUCUCUGGAGGGGGUGUCUAACUCAGCGUUACGGUGUGUUUGACCCUAAACUAAUUUUACGCCGGAAUAUCCCUUUAAAGCAUUGUGGAUUCUAGGCCUCUUCGCUCAGAUGCAGAAAUCUGAUGUCUGUCAUUUUACACGUUUGUUUUUGUUUCCCUGCAGAGUAAAUUAACCAGGUCUGGAUCUUUGUGCAGCUCCUCAGGAAUCAGAUCGCUCCAUGUGACUGCAGUGUGCUGCAAGGUAAACUUUGCCUUCUACCUUCAGUGAUUAGCAAGCUUCAUUCGAGGUCCUCUUUGAACACCAACAGAGAUUUCACUGGUUUUUACCCAUACUUUGUUUUCUCCACGUCUAUCUUUGUUUUCCAGAAUCAUGCGGCUCGUGCUCGAGUAGGAAAAGGGGACAAACCUUACACGUAUGAGCAAGCUCUCCCACCUCAUCACAUCGGCCACCGCAAAGGAUGGCUGUCACAACAUACCAGUAAGUAUCAGCAUAAAGGACUCCACAGCUUUUGUGUGCACUUUUCACCUGUAUAACCCAGGAUUUCCACAGGUACGAGGUCUCUGCUGGUUUCAAAUCUUGACAUAGUGAGAUUUUUUUUUUAACCAGAAGCAGCUGCUGUGUCACUCAGCAAAUCCAUCAAACUCCAUCUGUAAAAAAUGACAUUUAGAUGAUGAACAUGUGUUUUUCUGUAUUAACUCUAGGAUAAUUGGAUGGAUCUGGUCACAUAGAUUUUAUAUUUUACCUGCCUGUCUGUUUCAGGUCAUCUUAGAGGAGAAGACGGGGCAGCUGAUCGCGCUGUCGAGGACACCUUCUUGAGGCGUUUCAUGUUUGGGACCUUCCACGGCUGCCUGGCCAAUGAGAUUGUCAUCAAAAGACGCGGGAACGUCCUCAUAGUGUGUGCUUUCAUGUUACAGAAACUCCCACCACAGAAGUUUUAUUUCCUAAUCGGAUAUUCAGAGUCGUUGCUGUCACACUUCUACAAAUGUCCCGUAAAGUUAGAGAUCCAGACCUUGGUGGAUAAAGUUGUGUACAAAUAUCUGUGAUGGAAGUGUAAGCUGCCGACAUGUUUAUUCUGAUGAUAUAGAAAUGAUUCUGUGUAAAAAUGUGACUUUCUUUCAGUCUUUUCAGUCUUCAAAGUUAUGAGGAAUGAAAUCAUGUUUUUCAUUCCACAAUUGUGAUAUUAUGAGUUUGAGUCAACGUAAGUUUGUGUGAUAAAUUCAAACUAAACAAGGAGAUUAAAAUGCUUCUUUUGAUUUAUUUUUAUCACUUUCAUCACAGUGCAAAAUACAUUCACAUUUAAAAAAAAGGCCCAUGAGCCUGGUCAGUGCAAAAACAAGGCACACAGGAUUAAAGCGUUCAUUUUCAGGUGAAGUUUCCCUUACUGGAUCCCCGACAGUCGAGUAAAAACAUAUGUCUCAGCAGUUUUAGCACAUUUUUUUUCCAGCUUCCACUGAAAAAAGCCUUCAAACAAAUAUCAUUAAUACUCUGUCAAAUAUUCAAACAAACCCCAUCAGGAUUAAAACCGUGGCACAAAGUCGGAGAGAAAACAUUCAAACGAUUUUUCAUCUCAGCUGAUUAGGGAAGUGCUGCGGAGAGUACGAACAGUUUUAGUCUGCAGGGUCAUCUCAAAGAAACAGUCUCACCUUGUUGAGCGUCGGGUGAGAGGACAGAAGACGAGUCACUUAUUCUGGCUCAGAGUAAAGACUGUAAUCGGUGUGAAAUCAGUCUGGAUUUAUCAAAAGAAACUGAUUCAUUUACACAUUAACAAAAAAAAUCUGAUUUUAUGCCAAGCAGCUGAGGAAAGUAAAGAAAUGGUCCCAAACUUCUUAUCAUUACAGCAACACUAACCCAAAACAAGACAUCAUUUAUUAUUUAGUGAGCUUCUGAUUGGUGGAUUUCGCUGCCAGCACUAGCUUAGCUGUUUCCCUCUGUCUUCAGUCCGCAUGCUAAGCUCGGCUACAGCAAUACUCUCACCACAAAGUGCAUUUUAGACUCUUUCUUUACAGAUGACUGCAUGAAGUACAGCUACAGGGUACCAGAAAUCCUUUGGGUUCAUAAAACAAAAUAACAUUUAGUCUUUCAAUGGCCCGUAAAAUGUUUGAAUGUUUGGAACUCAGAAUAAUGAAAAGAUGAAAAGUGACGUUAAGGGCCUGUGUCCAUUCAAGACAUGUUUUGCUUAGGCUGCGUUCACACCCUAAGGCACUUUUCACCUGCACUGUUUUUUUUUUCAUAUUCAUUCAAAGUCAUCAUGCAGUGAAAAUGUAAAAAAUUAAAAAAGGAAAAAAAGUCCUGUCCCUUUUAAAUGAAAAUGACAGCCCUGUCCCUUCUCUCUUUUGAUUGGUCAGUUGGGGAAAAGUGACAUUAACAAAAACUUUUCAAACUAUACCUAGUGUCAGCUGAAGGUGCAGCAACAAACAUAUCUGACAGGAAGGGCAUUAGCACUGAAAAGCAGAGGAUGGCUGUUAGUGGACACAGGCCCUUACAGGCGUUUGCAGUAAAAACAGAAAGUUGUUUAGCAGAAAACUUCUUCUUGAGGGAGAUUUUUGAGCACAGCUCAGAGAAAACAUUUCUUCACAGUAGACAUUUCGACUCGUCUCAGUAGGAGAAGUACAGGUGCUCCCGGAGAGGAGAGAAGAGGAGGAUGAAGCUCUUUGGAAAUACCCUGUAAAACAAAACUGUAAACUUUCUAAUGGAUGUUAGCUGAGAUGACAUUGAUACCACUCUCAUGUCUGUCAUAUGAAGCUCUUGUGCAGAUUAAAUAAACAGUCAUUAUGCUAAUUGAA